AUGUCGGUUUUAGGCACGGUGCCUGUUUUCGACUGUAAAAGUGACGAGUGGCCUGUGCACGUUGCACAAUUGAAUAGUUUCUUUGUUGCGAAUGACAUUACCGAUACAUCAGAUAAGGAUGGUGGUAAAAGACGUGCUAUCCUGUUAAAUUGCAUGUCACAAGAUUCCUAUCGAUUGAUACGCGAUUUAUUGCAUCCAGAGAAGCCUGAAAACGUGUCGUAUAAGACUAUAGUAGACACCUUAAACGCGCAUUUCGAACCAAAAAAGUGCGUGUACGCGGAACGUGAGAAGUUUUAUGACGCUAAAAAGGAGUCAGGCGAGUCGCUCAUGAAUUACGCAGCUCGUCUCCGUGGUUUGGCGUCAACUUGUAAGUUCGGCACAUCCCUAGAAAUGAGCCUCACUGAUCGGUUCGUAAUGGGUGUCGAUUCAUCCGCGGUUCGUGAAAAGCUGUACCGUGAGGACCCGGCCAACAUGAAACUUAGUAAGGCUCUGGAGAUUAGUAUAGCAGCUGAAAGUGCACAUAAGAUAGUACGUGGCGCAGGCGCUCCGGAAGUGGUGGUCAAACAGGAACCAUUGCUGUAUGCGGCCGCUAGCGCUGGCCGGUCACGGUGCAGCAAGGGGCGCGCGCGGGGCCGCGCGGCGCCGCGAGCGGUUGGCAGCGGUGGGACCGGUGGCAGCGGCGGCACGCGUUGUGGCGUGUGCGGCGCCAAGUCGCAUGCUUCGGCCGAGUGCGGAUUUCGUCAUCUCGCGUGUGAUAUAUGUGGCGUUAAAGGGCACUUGAAAAGAAUGUGCACGGCUAAAAAAAGUGAAAGUUCGUCUAGUGGUAACCACAAGGGGUGGCGUAGUCAUUAUAUUUGUGAUGACAGUGAUAGUGAUGAGUAUGAAGAAUCAGUAGCGGUGAAUAAUUUAAAGUGUACGGAUGAAAAGCCCCUCACGGUUGAGGUGAGCGCGCACGGUUGUGCAAUUGGCAUGGAGGUGGACUCGGGCAGCGGCGUGUCCGCGCUGCCGGCGGCUCUGUGGCGCAGGUACUUUGCUACUCAUUCGGCGCUCGGUGAGUCCAAUAAAACCUUACGUACAUAUGGUGGGUCUAUAAUAAAACCUAUUGGCGUGUGUGAGUUGCCAAUAACUUACAACGGUACUACAAAAAAUAUUAGGUUUUUUGUGGUUGAAGAUGGCCCUGUUCCCUUGCUCGGUCGAGAUUUUAUGUCAAAAUUUAAUUUUGCAAUUGUACCCUUGAACUAUAGUUCCGUAAAUAAAAACGAGCAAAUAUUAAAUAAAUAUUCAUCACUAUUUUCUGGCAAACUCGGCACAUUUAAUAAAUACAAGCUUUCACUACAUUUAAGGGAGGGAGCAACCCCACGAUUUUUCAAAGCCCGACCGGUGCCAUUCGCCCUUAAGGAUAAGGUAGGCGCAGAGCUAGAUAGGAUGGUGCGCGUAGGUAUAUUGAAACCGGUUUCUUACUCCAAGUACGCGUCUCCGAUAGUCGCAGUUUUGAAGAAAAACAAUGGAGUGCGUAUUUGUGGCGAUUACUCAGUAUCGAUAAACAAGGACUUAAAAAUUGAUUCGUAUCCGUUGCCUAAGAUCAAUGAACUGUGCGCGUCAUUGCAUAACUGCCGGUAUUUCAGUAAAAUUGAUCUCUCAAAUUCAUAUAAUCAAUUUCUUUUGGAUGACCAGUCCCAGGAGUAUACGUGCAUAAAUACGCACAAAGGAUUGUUUGUUUACACACGACUCGUAUUCGGUUUGGCCAACGCGCCGGCUCUGUUCCAACGCGCCAUGGUGCAGCUACUGCACGGCAUUGAAGGCGUCCAAUGUUUCCUUGAUGACGUGUUGAUAAGCGCCCCAACACGGGAAGCUCAUUGGGAGCGCGUGGACGCAGUCAUGAGCAGACUCAGCGACGCGGGACUCAUGCUACAGCGCUCUAAGUGCUCGUUUUUCCAAGAUAAAGUCGAGUACUUGGGGUACGUGAUAGAUCGCGACGGAGUUCAUAAGUGCCCGGAAAAAGUCAAGGCAAUCGUCGAGGCGAAAGUACCAGAAAAUUCAAAACAGUUGAAAUCUUUUCUGGGACUUGUAAACUUUUACCGAAGUUUUAUACCGCAAGCGGCGACUAUCUUGGAACCCUUGCACGGUCUGUUAAGGAAAGACGUACCGUGGAACUGGGCCGAGGAGCAUCAAAAAUCGUUUGAUGCUGUCAAGAAGGAGUUGUCUUCGCGCCGCGUGUUGGCACAUUGGGACCCUCAAAAGGAGCUGGUUCUGACAGUGGAUGCUGGACCUGCCGGGCUGGGUGCUGUGCUAGCCGUACGUUACCCGAACGGAGCCGAGCGUCCGCUUUGCUACGCUUCUCGAGCCCUCAGCAAGAGCGAACGCGCCUAUAGCCAGAUAAUGAAGGAGGCCACGGCUAUCGUUUAUGGUAUAAAAAAAUAUCAUCAAUACCUUUACGGCCGGGAACGUCCCUUCAUCCUGAGGACAGAUCAUAAGCCCCUGCUGUCGAUAUUCUCGCCAGACAAGGGCGUGCCUCAGAUGACAGAGGCUAGACUACAGCGCUACGCAUUGUUUUUAGGCGCUUACAACUAUAAAAUAGAAUACGUUAGCAGCGAAAAGAAUGUAGCGGACUACCUGAGCCAGCACCCGGUUGAUGCGUCACCGCCGAAGGAGGAGGCCGACGCGGGCAGCUAUGUGAACGCGCUAGCGGCGGCCGGCGCGCCGCUGCCCGCCUCGCUCGCCGAACUAAGGGCGGCACUGGCUAACGAUAAACUUCUAUCAGAGGUUAGCAGGUACGUGGCCAAUGGAUGGCCAAGGAAGGUACGGGAUGAUGGACUGCUACCGUACCAUCGGUGUCGACAUGAAUUGCAUGUCGAUAAUGGGAGCUUGUUAAGAGGGCACCGUAUCGUAAUACCUACCGUUUAUAGACCCGCGGUGCUACAGGAGUUACACGCGGCUCACCUAGGUAUUGUCAAAAUGAAGUUGUUGGCAAGGGAGCGUUGUUGGUACCCAGGUAUCGAUCGCGAUAUUGAGAAGGUUGCGGCUGACUGUGACAGGUGUAUUUCAAUGCGAACGGCUCCGGCUAGGGCUAAUAUGGAGUCUUGGGAAUGGCCCAGGUCGGUUUUUGAAAGAAUACAUUUGGAUUUUCUUGGUCCUUUUCAUGGGAAAAUUUAUAUGGUUUUAAUUGACGCGCAUAGUAAGUGGUUAGAAUGUGUCGAGAUGCCAUCAUUAACUACGCAAAUGUUGAUAAACAAACUGCAAAAAAUCUUCUCUCACUUCGGUUUGCCGAAGUCGAUUGUGACAGAUAAUGCAAAAACAUUUGUUUCUACAGACUUUAGUACUUAUUGCGUAAAUUCAGGAAUAACCCACAUCUUGUCGCCCACUUACUCACCACAGAGUAAUGGACUCGCCGAGAAUGCCGUCAAGAUUUGUAAACGUUUUAUUACUAACGCCAGAAAAGAUGGUCCGCUGAAGGACUUGAAGGAAAAAUUAGAUGAGUACCUGUUCCACUACCGCAUCACGCCUCAUUGUACUACCGGCGUGUCCCCUGCCACUCUUAUGUUCGGUAGGAACAUUCGUUGUAAAUUAGAUUUACUUAAUGUGCCUGUGCAAUCGCCUUCUGCUGACAAAAGACUGUUAGAGGUGCCAGACCGCGUCCGUUUAAACCAAGCUAGACAAAAAAUUAAUUUUGGUGGCAGAGACAGGACCUUUAAGGUAAAUGAUCAAGUUUGGGUCAAAGAUUAUAGGUCUAACCCCAAAAAGCCGACAUGGAUACUUGGAAAAGUAGAUAGUCGCGUCGGUAAGGUUGUUUAUGAUGUAAGCGUGCUCGGGACCGACAUUGUUUGGAGGCGUCACGUAAAUCAGUUACUGAACGCUAACUCAUACGAUGGUCAUAAUGUUGAGCCAACGUGGACGUAUGACGAGUCGCGAUCGCAGCCCACGGCCGGUGCCAACGGUGGCGGCGGCGGCGGUGCGGACGCGUCCUCCCCGCGCCCGCGCUCGCGCCCUGCGGCACCGAACGCGCGCGCGGACGGCGCACUCCCUCACCCCCGCCGCACGCCACCUUCAGCUGCGCGUAGCACGUCAUCGUCGUCGGCCUUCCCGCACGAUGUUGAUGACGAUGACACCUUUGAAACGCCUCCCAGCAAUGGUGGUGCUAAGCCUGCGGCCCCUUCGCCGCUAGUUGAAAAUGAUGAAAAAUCUCCGAAACGAACUCGGUCUGGACGCCCGGUUAAUCCACCGAAGAGGUUGUUUUAUUAA